AUGGCCGAUGAUAAUUCGAAAUUAGAGACCGAGGAUAUGAUUCCCGUCUUUCUGGAGAACCUCGAUGAAAAAGAGCAGGUGCGUCGGAUCAGUGCUUACCUUCAGAACCUGCGAGAUCGGUUGCGAGAGGGCAUCCAGCAGCACCAGACGGUGGUCCAGUCCUCGAUGCAGCUGCUCAAGGAGGUGGGCGAUGUGAAUAGCAUGAUGCAGCUGGCGAGGAGUGGCCACCAGGCAGAGGCCACCAAGAUCCGGCGCCUGAUCAUGGGCUUCGAAACGGUUAAUACGGCGAAUGCGGCGCAGAUCCCCUCGGUGGCGGGUAUAAGUUUACCAUCGGAUUUGUCCGAAAUUCAUGGACUGCUGGUGGAAUUCGAGCAUCUCAAUGAAAGCCAAGUUCUGCGGGAGAGCCUACAGAGCUUCAAGCGUGCCCGGGAAUCGCUGGAGAAGGUGCUCGGCUUUCUAGAGAAGAUUGGCAACGAAUCUCCGAGGGCUUCUCCUCAGGGAAGCCAGCUCUUCGGGUCGCCCAGUGCCAGUCGCAGCCUCCGCGAGAAGAUCGAGGCCUUCAACAAGGUCCUAGAGGCUUCCCCCGAGAAGUUGGGCGACACCUGUCGUCACUUCACCGAAUGCUUCUGCAGCUGCUGCAGUUUGGAUGAGUCCGAGUGCCGAGACCACAAACCCCUUCCAUGCGCCUCGAAAACCAAUUCGGGAUACGAAGGCGACAUCGACAGCGAGGUGGAGCAGGCGGAUAAGUGCACCUCCACGGAUGCCGUUUCCUAAACGGUUUGAAGUCGA